AUGACGUCUUUCGUUCGAAACACCCUUUUUGAUUGCAGCGGCUUGGUUGCUGUUAUCACAGGCGGUGGGACAGGUAUUGGUCUCGUAAUGGCGCGCGCCCUUGAAGCCAACGGGGCCAAGGUCUAUAUUCUUGGCCGACGUAAAGGCAAGCUUGACGAGGCUGCGGCUACAGCUCUACAUGGAAACAUCACCGCCCUUCAGUGCGAUGUGACAUCAAAGGCGAAAUUACAAGACGUGGCUAGUCAUAUCGAAGCGGAAACAGGAUAUGUGAAUCUCGUGAUUGCCAACUCCGGGGUAUUGGGGCCGAACUACAAUGAAUUGCUUCUUAAUGAAGAUGGCAAGAUGCCCGAAAUAGAGGAGGUACAGAAAGUCCUUUGGGGUCCCUCGAUGGAGCAGUUGGGAGAGGUAUACAAAGUCAACGUGAUUGGUGUUUAUUACACGGCGGUUGCCUUCCUGGGCCUCCUUGACAAAGGCAACCAGAAGGGAAACGUUCAACAGACAAGUCAGGUAUUGGUGACGAGUUCGAUCGGUGCCUUUUAUCGGGCGUGGCCGCAAGCGGGAAUAGCCUAUACAACGAGUAAGACGGCAGUGACUCACUUGAGCAAAAGUUUGGCGAGCUAUCUGAUCCAAUAUCGGAUCAGAGUAAAUGCGAUUACUCCAGGAAGUACGAUUCCAGCACUUGCCCCCGCCACUAGUUCAUUCCUUUCACCCUUUCGGUCGGAAAUGAUGGUCGCUACACUCGGCGAUCGGGAUUUCACAGUCGAGGGAUCAAUGCCGGCGACGAUGCAACCACUGAAACGGGUAGGCAGAGACGAGGAGAUUGCGGGAACCGUCCUUUAUUUUGCAUCAGAGGCAGGCGCAUACUGUUCAGGCUCAGUCCAUGUAGUUGAUGGUGGCAGACUGGGUAUUCAGCCUGGAGCAACGUACUAA